AUGGCAGCGUUGUUUUGCUUCGCAGCCUUGUUCUUGAUGACCUCCCUCUCGCCACUGCAAGUUUCAUGCUCGGAUCGUGAUCCACUCCAUGACUUCUGCGUCGCGGACCUGUAUUGUCCGCUGCUCAACAACAACGACUACUCGUGCAAGCCAUACCCCAACGUGACGAUCGACGACUUCGUCUUCAGCGGGUUGCUCACUCCUCUGGAUCCCAGCCAGAGCACGUCCGGAGCGAUCGCCACUCCAGGCGACGUGAACACGUUCCCGGGACUCCACACGCAAGGUUUCUCCUUCGCCCAGCUCGACUUUGUGGAGCGCGGGCUCAUCUCCCCUCACACACAUCCUCGGGCCUCCGAGUUCGUGUAUAUCCUCCACGGGGACUUGUAUGCGGGGUUUGUGGACGCGGGUAACCGGGUAUUCGCGCGAGUGUACCACGCGGGGGAGGUGAUGAUCUUCCCGAGGGGUCUCAUCCACUGGCAGCUCAACGUUGGACGCGGGAGAGCGUCGGCGCUGGCGGUGCUCAACAGCGAGAAGCCGGGAUUUCAGAUCAUAUCCUUGUCCAUGUUUGGGAGUGGCAUCGCGGAUGAAGUUCUUGAGAAGACGUUCCGGUUGGAGGCCGAGACCGUGGACAGGCUCGUCAAGUUCUUCACGCCCAUAGCUCAAGUCGUGAAAGGGAACUAG